AUGAAUUGUGUAAAUGAGAGCAUCAUAGAGGAGUUUGUUCUCUUGGGUUUCUCAGAUCGACCACAGCUGGAGUUCCCCCUCUUUGUGGUCUUCUUGGUUUCUUACCUCAUGACCAUCUUUGGGAAUUUGUCUAUUAUUCUAGUGUCACGUCUGGACUCCAAACUUCACACCCCCAUGUAUUUCUUUCUUACCAAUCUGUCAUUCCUGGACCUUUGCUAUACCACAUGCACAGUCCCACAGCUGCUGGUGAACUUACGCAGCCUUAAGAAAGUCAUUAGUUACAGUGGUUGUGCAGUCCAGAUGUUCAUGUUUCUGGCCUUGGGGGCGACUGAGUGUGUCCUGCUGGCGGUCAUGUCCUUUGACAGGUUCGUGGCCAUCUGCCGGCCUCUGCGCUACUCGGUCAUCAUGCACCAGAGGCUCUGCCUGCAGCUGGCAGCUGCAUCCUGGCUCACUGGCUUUGGUAACUCAGUGUGGCUGUCCACCCUCACCCUCCAGCUGCCACUCUGCGGCCGCUGUGUAAUACAUCACUUUCUCUGUGAGGUCCCUGCCCUGCUCAAGUUGUCCUGUGUGGAUACCACAACCAAUGAGGCAGAGCUCUUCCUUGUGAGUGUGCUCUUUCAUCUGAUACCUCUGACUCUCAUUCUUGUAUCAUAUGCUUUUAUUGCCCGAGAAAUCCUGAAAAUUACUUCUACUGAAGGCCGACAAAAAGCAUUUGGAACAUGUGGCUCCCACCUAAUUGUGGUGACACUUUUUUAUGGUACAGCCAUCUCCAUGUACUUGCAGCCACCUUCAUCCAGCUCCAAAGACCGAGGGAAAAUGGUUUCCCUCUUCUAUGGAAUCAUUGCGCCAGUGCUGAACCCCCUUAUAUAUACGCUUAGGAACAAAGAGAUAAAGGAAGCCUUUAAAAGGUUGAUUGCAAGAGUCUUCUUAAUCAAGAAAUAA